CGAUACCGUUUUAAUUCUCCGCGAUGCCGCUUGUCUCCAUGCGGUACCGCUUCUUCCCUUCCGACAAGGAAUACAAAUAAUAAUAAUAAUAAUAAUAACAACUCCUUUUCCAACACCAAUACUACGCGCGCGGCCCCCAUCCUGUUUUCUGGUAAACAGUGUCGUUUCCAAUGCCGCGGUACCGGUGAGCUUCCUUGCGGUACCGUUUUUCUGGUCCACGGUACCGGUGAGCUUCCUUGCGGUACCGUUUUCCCUAUUCGCGACAUUGUUUGACUCCAAACGGUGCUGUUACUCUCCUCCUCCGACAAGGAAAAAAUAAAAUAAAAAACAUUCCUUGUCCAACAGCAACACAUGCCCUGCGCAUGACUCACACAUGGUCUGCAACCAAUGUCGUUUCAAGUACCGCGGUACCGCCAAGGCUCUUCGCGGUCUCGCUUAAAUUCUCCGCGGUAUUGCUCGACUCCAAACAACAUCGUUUUGGCCAUGCGAUAUCAAAUUAAAUGCCGAGACUCAUUAUUACGGCAUUGAAUUUAGGCCAAAAAUAUUUUAGGUGUAAACACAGUCCUUCGCCGAUGUCGAGUGACUUCACAACCAGUCUGACAAAAAACCCAUGCCCUGUUCCUACAGUCAAUCCUCCUCUCGACAUCUUCUCCUGCAAUUGUUGUGAUUUCGAGGACGAUCGUGUAAGGAAGUGGUUAAGUACCCUACAUGGGUCUCUCCCAACAACUCGAAUUAUUGGGACCAGUUGGUUUAUGACAUGGUAUCAGAGCUGGUUUGUCCUUGAGGUCACGUGUUCAAGUCCUCACUACCCCCAAUAUUAACCGUUGUCAUCAAGCACAUGGUAUGGCGGGCCUGUGCAAACUUCAAGUCCAUGAGUCGGCUUUCGUUUGAGGAGGCGUGUAAGGAAGUCGUUUGUCCUUGAGGUUUAUGACAUAUUGACUCCAGGCCCGUGAAAUCCGCGCCGAGCAAAGAGAAAUCCAUCUGCUCUACCCUCUCUGCCGACUCCCGGUCUGCCUUGGUUGGGGAAGGUUCUGCUCUGUAAAGAAACGAGCAGUAAGUCGAGUGGGAGCUCGUCGGAGAUACGCUUGCUGGUGUCACCCUAUGCUCUCUCGUUCACAAUCCCGCUGUCGCCAAAUAUGGAAAGAGAGGAAUGAGGGGAAGGGAGACAAAUCAUCGAUUUUUGAGUUUUGAUGAAAAGAGAGGAAAGAAGACAGAUCGACAACCCUUGUUUCAGGGAUGAGUUCUGCAUCACCUCGUCGGAGCUCUGUUUCAUAUCUUUGUUCUCGUUGCUUUUGGUCUCCAUCAAGAGAGACUGGCGCUCUCCCUUAUCCUUGAUUUUGGUCUCCGUCCAGGGGGUUCUCGUGGAGGCAUCGGCGGGCGAUGGUGCAAUUGUUACCGCUGGCCAAAAUCCUAGGCAUCCCACGGAAAUGCACUGAAUCCCUCGUCUCUAGAGCCUCGAGUGGCGGAGCUACUCCCACACUUGGGGGUGCUUGCAGCCCCCUUGGAGGAGAGUGGAAAAAAUUCAACCAGGGAAGGUAACUAACGGAAUGGAAACGCUGACCCAUCACACAUUACAAUCCUCCUUAUCAGAGCAACUAGCUAAGUUUUAUGAUUAAAUAUUAUGUAUCAUUUAACUUGACGUAUCCAAGGAUCCCAUUCCUUACCCUUCUUUUCCCUAUGCCGAUGAUAUAACCCCGUAUACAAUAGUCAAUUUCAGUGCACACGCCAAGCAGAGCAGUGAUUCAGCACCCUCGUUCAUGAACUUUGGUUUGUUUCACAUAAUCAAUUUCAUGGUACUUCUAAGUUAUAAUUUAAAUUAUUCGAUGAAUUGAUGUUUGUAUUUGAUGGCCGCAACAUCGUUGGAUUACUCCCUUUUAGGCAGCUCUACACCCUUCUUUAGUCUUUUUUAAGGGUAGAUUUGCAUUCUUAAAAUUUCUCUUUAUGACUUGCUUUCGAUUACCUAGGAGCGAAUAUAUUGGACUAAGUCUG